UAUUCCCCUGUAAUUUUCCCGAUUUCAAUUUCCAAUCAAAAAUUAGGGUUAGGGAUUUCGAAGCUUCCCUGAAUGUGAAUGCGGUGCGUUUCAAUUGUCAUCAUUCUAUUCUUGAUCCAAAACGACGACGGUGCCGCGGUGGUUUGAGAUGGCGGAGCAGCAGCAGCGGAGGUACGGCGUCGGAUACGCUCUGGCGCCGAAGAAGCAGCAGAGCUUCAUCCAGGACUCGCUGGUGGAGCUGGCGAGGUCGCGCGGCGUCGAUCUCGUCCGGAUCGACACCGAGAGGGAGCUGGCGGAUCAGGGGCCGUUCGAUUGCGUGCUCCACAAGCUCUACGGCCAGGAUUGGCGGCGGCAGCUGGAGGCGUUUAGGGUUAAGAACCCUAAUGCGGUGAUCGUCGACUCCCCGGAGGCGAUUGAGCGGCUGCACAACCGGAUUUCGAUGCUGCAGGUGGUCUCGGAGCUCAAGAUUGAGCACGAGAGCGACACGUUUGGGAUUCCGAAGCAGAUUGUGAUUUACGAUAAGGAGACGCUGUUUGAUCGGCCGGCCUGGGAGGGGUUGAAGUUUCCGGUGAUUGCGAAGCCGCUGGUGGCCGACGGCAGCGCCAAGUCGCACAAAAUGGCGCUGGUUUUCAACCACGAGGGGCUCAACAACCUCAAGCCGCCGAUUGUGCUGCAGGAGUUUGUGAACCACGGCGGCGUCAUUUUCAAGGUCUAUGUGGUCGGAGGCUAUGUGAAAUGUGUCAAGAGGAAGUCCCUACCGGACGUCUCCGAGGAGGAGAAGCUGGGGAGCUUGGAGGGCUUGCUGUCGUUUUCGCAGGUCUCGAAUCUCGCCACCAAUGAGAGGACUGACGAUAAGUACUACAAGAUGAUGCAUUUGGAUGACACCGAGAUGCCGCCGCAGAGUUUCAUUACUGAUAUUGCCAGAGGGUUGCGGAGGGGUUUGAAGUUGAACCUCUUUAACUUUGAUGUGAUAAGGGACGCGCGCUUUGGGAACCGCUACUUGAUCAUUGACAUCAAUUAUUUCCCUGGCUAUGCUAAAAUGCCUGGUUACGAGACUGUGUUGACCGACUUCUUUUGCGAUAUGGUGCAAAAGAAAGAGGAAGAUGAGGCGGAGAGGACUGGUUUGAAGAGCUAUGAGGCCCUUUGCUUUGAUAAGGAAGUGGGGAAGACUCUGAGCAAUGAUGGGGAUGAUGUAGCUCUUCUUAAGGGAGAUGAGGAGAUCCCAAUUCUAGUCUAGAAGGUCUUGUGGCUGUGCCUACUGUUGGGUUGGCGGUAUUGGGUGAUCGGAAUGUGCUUAAUUGGCUUGGCCAUUUCGUUCAUCUGCGGGCUGAAAUAAGAUGGGCAUUAGGUUUAGGUAGCAAUUGGGGUACAGUGCUGAAAUGGGUAGGUUGGUUCUCGGUUUUAGCUUAACUUCUUGACAACAAGAGUACGUGCAGUUCAGCAUUGAACAUGUAUAUUCCAUCCACCAAUGCCUCCAGAAGGUACUUAUCGAAAUACUCUGCUGAAGUUUUAGCCUUUUUAGGAAAGUCAAGUUGUAAUCUGAGCCUUUGAAGUCUUUCCUUUCGUAGAAACUGUUCUAGUUUGUGCCCUAGGCACCUUUUAGUGAAUGAAUUUUGGUCAGUUUGUUAAUCUUUUUCUUGCUUAUCAACUUUUGUUUAUU